GGGAGCGGGGCGGGGCGGCCGGGCCCAAAGGGCUGAGAGCCGUUUUGGCGUUGGGCCGCGCCGUGCCAGGCCUGAGGGAGAAACAGACACAUCGGCCCCAAAGAAGUUCUGCUCUCUGUGAAAGAAGUUGAAGCCUCAGCCAAGAUUUGGGCCGACUGAUCAGGUUUUCAGGUGUCUGUUUCCCUGCCUUUGACGUGACGAUGACCAAGCUGGGGUUCCUUCGGCUCUCCUAUGAGAAGCAGGACACGCUGCUCAAGCUCCUCAUCCUGUCCAUGGCAGCUGUGCUGUCUUUCUCCACAAGACUCUUUUCUGUCUUAAGAUUUGAAAGUGUCAUCCAUGAAUUUGACCCGUACUUUAACUACCGCACAACCCGCUUCCUGGCAGAGGAAGGCUUCUACAAAUUCCACAACUGGUUUGAUGACCGAGCCUGGUACCCCUUGGGCAGGAUUAUUGGUGGAACCAUUUAUCCAGGGCUGAUGAUCACUUCAGCAGCCAUCUACCACGUGCUGCACUUCUUCCACAUCACCAUCGACAUCCGGAACGUCUGCGUCUUCCUGGCACCCCUCUUCUCUUCCUUCACCACCAUUGUGACUUACCACCUCACCAAAGAGCUCAAGGAUGCGGGCGCAGGGCUCCUCGCUGCUGCCAUGAUUGCAGUUGUGCCUGGGUACAUCUCACGUUCUGUUGCUGGAUCCUACGAUAACGAAGGUAUUGCCAUUUUCUGCAUGCUGCUAACUUACUACAUGUGGAUCAAGGCCGUGAAAACUGGCUCUAUCUAUUGGGCAGCGAUGUGUGCUCUUGCCUAUUUCUACAUGGUCUCCUCGUGGGGUGGCUAUGUCUUCCUGAUCAACUUGAUCCCACUGCACGUCCUUGUGCUGAUGCUGACUGGCCGCUUCUCACACAGGAUCUAUGUUGCCUACUGCACUGUGUACUGCCUGGGGACGAUCCUCUCGAUGCAGAUCUCCUUUGUUGGCUUCCAGCCUGUCCUCUCCUCAGAACACAUGGCUGCCCUGGGCGUCUUUGGCUUGUGCCAGAUCCAUGCCUUUGUGGACUACCUCCGCAGCAAGCUGAACCCACAGCAGUUCGAAGUCCUCUUCAGGAGCGUCAUCUCCCUGGUUGGCUUCGUCCUGCUGACAGUCGGGGCUGUGCUGAUGCUCACAGGGAAAAUCUCCCCAUGGACGGGUCGUUUCUACUCCCUGCUGGAUCCUUCUUAUGCCAAGAACAACAUUCCCAUCAUUGCCUCUGUCUCAGAGCACCAGCCCACCACCUGGUCCUCCUAUUACUUUGACCUGCAGCUCCUCGUGUUCAUGUUCCCAGUUGGUCUCUAUUACUGCUUCAGCAAUCUCUCAGACGCCCGCAUUUUUAUCAUCAUGUACGGUGUGACCUCCAUGUACUUCUCUGCUGUGAUGGUGCGGCUGAUGCUGGUGCUGGCCCCAGUGAUGUGCAUCCUCUCCGGCAUCGGCGUGUCUCAGGUGUUGUCCACCUACAUGAAGAACCUGGACAUCAGCCGGCCGGACAAGAAGAGCAAGAAGCAGCAAGACUCCACCUACCCCAUCAAAAAUGAAGUUGCCAGCGGCAUGAUCCUGGUGAUGGCUUUCUUCCUCAUCACCUACACCUUUCACUCCACCUGGGUGACCAGCGAGGCGUACUCCUCGCCCUCCAUCGUGCUGUCAGCGCGCGGCGGGGACGGCAGCAGGAUCAUCUUUGAUGACUUCAGGGAGGCUUACUACUGGCUGCGGCACAACACGCCGGAGGACGCCAAGGUGAUGUCCUGGUGGGACUACGGCUACCAGAUCACCGCCAUGGCCAACCGCACCAUCCUGGUGGACAACAACACCUGGAACAACACCCACAUCUCCCGCGUUGGGCAGGCGAUGGCCUCGACGGAGGAGAAAGCCUACGAGAUCAUGCGAGAGCUGGACGUGAGCUACGUGCUGGUGAUAUUCGGCGGCCUCACCGGCUACUCGUCGGACGACAUCAAUAAGUUCCUGUGGAUGGUGCGCAUCGGCGGCAGCACGGACACGGGCCGGCACAUCAAGGAGCACGACUACUACACGCCGACCGGCGAGUUCCGCGUCGACCGCGAGGGCUCCCCGGUGCUGCUCAACUGCCUGAUGUACAAGAUGUGCUACUACCGCUUCGGGCAGGUCUACACCGAGGCCAAGCGGCCGCCGGGCUACGACCGCGUGCGCAACGCUGAGAUCGGGAACAAGGACUUUGAGCUGGACGUGCUGGAGGAGGCGUACACCACAGAGCACUGGCUGGUCCGGAUAUACAAAGUGAAGGAUUUGGACAACCGCGGCUUGUCGCGGACGUAGAGCCCUGCGCUGCCCCAGCCUUGGCCUGUGAAGCAGAAAUGUUAUUUUUGGAUUUUCUGUUUUUUGGGGGUUGUUUUUGUUGUUGUCGUUGUCGUUUGGGUUCUUUUUUUUUUUUUUUUUUUUUUUUUUUACCAUUCAUGAGUGCAGGAGGAGAUGGGCGCCCCCACCCCUGCUGCGUGCCGGGGGGUUUUAUAUCACACGCAGAGCAGUCACCAAAUCAAAUCACGGCUUUACGGGGGUUGAUUAAAGGGGAAUUACCGA